ACAUAUAUUCUUUUAAAUUCCAACUUGUGGCGUUAAUUGAGUCCGGAAACGAAGUUAAAGAGAGCUUUGGUUUCAAUCUGUCUUGUUUGCUCGAUAGCUCUUUUGCUGCAAUGGAGGAUACCUUAGGACUUCUCAGGGUCAGGGUCCGAAGAGGCAUCAAUCUUGCUAUUCGUGAUACCGUUAGCAGUGAUCCCUAUGUUGUCCUCAUCAUGGGUCAUCAGAAAUUGAAGACACGUGUGGUGAAAAACAACUGCAAUCCUGAAUGGAAUGAUGAAUUGACUCUUUCAAUCAACGAUCCUAAUGUUCCAAUCAUUUUAACCGUGUAUGACAAAGACACAUUUACUGUAGAUGAUCAAAUGGGCAAUGCAGAGAUAGACAUUAAACCAUAUAUAGCAGCCUUGAAGAUGGGAAAGGGCUUGCAAAAUCUCCCAAAUGGUUGUGCACUCAAAAGAAUACAGCCAGGUAGGACAAACUGCCUUGCUGAUGAGAGCAGCAUCGUUUGGAACGAUGGCAAGAUCACCCAAGACAUGCACCUCAGACUGAAAAAUGUUGAGUGUGGGGAAGUGUUAAUCCAACUGGAGUGGAUUGAAAUUCCUGGUUGCAAAGGUUUGGAAAGUGAAGGUAUGGUUCAAGUGUAGUCUCUGUACUCUGUAAUUUAUUAUGUAUAGUCUUAGGCUUUAUGUUCUGUGCUCGAAAGAGUUAAUGUAUUAUUCUGCAUAUCAUAACAGAUACCGAACUGUAAUCUUAGUUUUUUAAGUCCUAUAAAUGUAAUGGUGUAGAAUAACAUAAUAAUUCAGUUAACUGGAUGCAGUUACUUAGGUGGUUUUGAUACGAUAUGUACUUUCUUUUACCAAGAUAGAGAUAUGGCAUGUUGAUUAGCAA